GCGGGAGGCGGGAGGGCGGCAGCGGCGCCAUGGCUCGCAACGCGGAGAAGGCCAUGACGGCCUUGGCGAGGUUUCGUCAAGCUCAGCUUGAGGAAGGAAAAGUUAAGGAGCGAAGACCUUUCCUUGCAUCAGAGUGUAAUGAAUUGCCUAAAGCUGAGAAAUGGAGGCGACAGAUCAUUGGUGAAAUUUCCAAGAAAGUGGCACAGAUUCAAAAUGCUGGAUUGGGCGAGUUCAGAAUUCGGGACCUGAACGAUGAAAUAAACAAACUUCUGAGGGAAAAAGGACACUGGGAAGUCAGAAUAAGGGAGCUAGGAGGUCCUGAUUAUGCUAGGAUUGGACCAAAAAUGUUAGAUCAUGAAGGGAAAGAAGUUCCAGGAAACAGAGGUUACAAAUACUUUGGAGCUGCAAAGGAUUUACCAGGAGUUAGAGAGCUUUUUGAAAAGGAGCCCCUUCCGCCACCCCGAAAAACUCGAGCUGAGCUUAUGAAAUCCAUUGAUGCUGAAUACUAUGGCUACAGAGAUGAAGAUGACGGUAUUCUGGAGCCACUGGAACAAGAACACGAAAAGAAAGUUAUAGCAGAAGCAGUGGAAAAAUGGAAAAUGGAGAGAGAGGCACGACUUGCAAGAGGUGAUGAGGAGGAGGAGGAGGAAGAAAAUAUCUAUGCUGUUAAUGAAGAUGAGUCUGAUGAGGAAGGUGGCAAGGAAAAAGAUGGUGAAGAAGGCCAACAGAAAUUUAUUGCACAUGUCCCAGUGCCAACUCAGCAGGAGAUUGAGGAAGCUCUUGUACCGAAAAAGAUGGAGCUUCUUCAGAAGUAUGCUAGUGAAACUCUCAUGGCACAGAGUGAAGAAGCAAAAAGACUUUUAGGAUUAUAAUG